AUGUCGAUUGAUUAUCUUCAGGAAAGGCAUUAUGAGUACACUAAGGACAUCAGCUGCUCAUAUCAGUACAGUAUUCAGCCAAAAAACUUCCAUUCUCAGAGUCCCCUAAGGACAAUUAGACUCUUCCUGAGGAAGAUUGUGGAAUCUGAGAAGUGUGCCCAAAAUUUAAGUUACCUGGCUGAGCAGUGCUGGAAUGGCGGCUUCAUCUACCUGAUCAUGCUGCGUCGCUUUAAGCGCAAAUCUCCUUCUACUUAUAAUGGUAACAGUAGCAACAGCUCUGAACCAGGAGAAACACCUACUUUGGAGUUGGGUGACCGAACUGCAAAAAAGGGGAAAAGAACCAGAAAGUUUGGGGUCAUCUCCAAGCCUCCUGCCAACAAGGCCACCGAAGAAUCCAAGGGCAGCACUGGCUGUGAGGUGGCCAGUGACCCCAGUGCUGAGCCAGAGAAUGGCACUGACCCUGAGCUUGGAAAUGGGCCAGGCUUUCAGCUAGAAAAUGGCCUAGAUUCUCUCAAGGAGGUGGCUGGACCCCAUCUAGAGAAGUCAGAAGUGGACAGAGGGACAGAGCACAGACUUCCAAAGACAGAUGCUCCUCUGACCACAAAUAAUGACAAACGCCGCUUCUCAAAAGCUGGGAAGACAGACUUCCAGUCGAGUGACUGCCUGGCACGGGAGGAAGCUGGCCGGAUAUGGAAGAUGGAGCUGCUCAAAGAAUCGGAUGGGCUGGGAAUUCAGGUUAGUGGAGGCCGAGGAUCAAAGCGCUCACCUCACGCUAUCGUUGUCACUCAAGUGAAGGAAGGAGGUGCCGCUCACAGGGAUGGCAGACUGUCCUUGGGAGAUGAGCUGCUGGUGAUCAAUGGUCACUUACUGGUCGGGCUCUCCCAUGAGGAAGCUGUGGCCAUUCUUCGCUCAGCCACCGGCAUGGUGCAGCUGGUGGUAGCCAGCAAGGAAAACUCUGCAGAGGACCUCCUCAAGCUAACAUCUAAGAGCUUGCCUGAUCUGACCAGCUCGGUGGAGGACGUGUCCUCUUGGACCGACAACGAAGACCAGGAGGCAGACAGAGAAGAGAACGAAGGAACCGGCCCGUCUUCUGUCCAGGGAGCAAUGCCUGGCACAGAUGAGCCCCAAGAUGUGUGCAGCAGUGAGGACUCCAAAGGGAACUUGGAAAGUCCCAAACAGGGCAACAGUAAAAUAAAGCUCAAGAGUCGUCUCUCAGGGGGUGUCCACCGCCUAGAGUCUGUGGAAGAAUAUAACGAGCUGAUGUUGCGGAAUGGGGACCCUCGAGCCCGGAUGUUGGAGGUCUCCCGCGAUGGCCGGAAGCACUCCCUCCCCCAGCUGCUGGACUCUUCUGGUGCCUCGCAGGAAUACCACAUUGUGAAGAAGUCCACUCGCUCCUUAAGCACGACGCAGGUGGAAUCUCCUUGGAGACUCAUCCGGCCAUCCGUCAUCUCUAUCAUCGGGUUGUAUAAACAGAAAGGCAAGGGUCUUGGCUUUAGCAUUGCUGGGGGUCGAGACUGCAUUCGUGGACAGAUGGGGAUUUUUGUCAAGACCAUCUUCCCAAAUGGAUCAGCUGCGGAGGAUGGAAGACUUAAAGAAGGGGAUGAAAUCCUAGAUGUAAAUGGAAUACCAAUAAAGGGCUUGACGUUUCAAGAAGCCAUUCAUACCUUUAAGCAAAUCCGGAGUGGCUUAUUUGUCUUAACGGUACGCACAAAGUUACUGAGCCCCAGCCUCACGCCCUGCUCAACACCCACACACGUGAACCGAUCCAGCUCCCCGAACUUCAACACCGGUGGGGGAGCCCCAGUGGGAGGCUCCGAUGAAGGCAGCUCUUCAUCCCUUGGUCGGAAGACUCCUGGGCCCAAGGACAGGAUUGUCAUGGAAGUAACACUCCACAAAGAGCCAAGAGUUGGAUUAGGCAUUGGUGCCUGCUGCUUGGCUCUAGAAAACAGCCCUCCAGGCAUCUACAUUCACAGCCUUGCCCCAGGAUCAGUGGCCAAGAUGGAGAGCAACCUGAGCCGUGGAGAUCAAAUCCUGGAAGUAAACUCAAUCAAUGUCCGCUAUGCUGCUUUAAGCAAGGUCCAUGCCAUUUUGAGCAAAUGCCCUCCAGGACCUGUUCGCCUUGUCAUCGGUCGACACCCUAAUCCAAAGGUUUCUGAGCAGGAAAUGGAUGAAGUGAUAGCACGCAGCACUUACUUGGACAGCAAGGAGGCCAAUUCCUCUCCUGGCUCAGGUACCCCCUUGAAGAGUCCCUGUUUUGCAAAAAGGGACUCCCCUAUUUCUGAAUCUGACCUCUCCCAGUACUUUGUCCAAGAGGUCCCUGGCCCCUUGUCAGACUUCACGGUGGCCGGCUCUGAGGAUGAGGAUCGCCCAGGAAGCGGCUGCAGCACAUUGGAAGACAACAGCCUGCCUUCCGGCAGCUCCACUCACAAGGAGCCAGGAAAAGCCAGGGCCAACAGUCUUGUGACUCUAGGAAGCCAGCGAUCCUCUGGGCUCUUCCACAAGCAGGUGACAGUGGCCAGACAAACCAGUCUCCCUGGAAGCCCACAGGUCCUCCGAAAUCCUCUCCUCCGUCAGAGGAAGGUAGGCUGCUACGAUGCCAAUGACGCCAGUGAUGAGGAAGAGUUCGAUGGAGAAGGGGACUGCAUUUUACUCCCAGGGGCCCUCUCAGGUCCCAGCCGGUCUCUGACAGAUGAAAACUCUGGGCAUAUCUCAACGACCUCUUCCAAGGUCAUGGUUGUCAGCAAUCAAGAGGAGAAACCUCAGAAAACACUGGUCAGUAAGGCCUCCUCAGUGCCACUCCUGGGUAGCUCAGUGAACUUAGAGGAAAGUGUCCCAGGGGAUAUGGUUGGCACUUCCUCCCAUGCAGCCAACCUGCUGGACUCUGCAGAGGCCCCCAGAGGGUGCCCUGGAGGCUCUUGGAAGAAGGAGCUGUCAGGAUCAAGUAGUUCACCCAAACUGGAGUACAAAGCCCAUACAGACACCCAGAGUCAGCUAAGCACAGAGAGCUCCAGUUCCUCUCAGAAGAAUGAAGGACUGGGGUCCAGGCACAGACCAGUGGCCCGGGUCAGCCCCCACUGCAAGAGACCUGAGGCUGAGGCUGAGGCUGAGGCCCAACCCGGCAGCUCGGAGACGGUGAACCCAACUGGCAGAGCCAAUGAACCAUGCAGCGUGGACUUGAAAGUCCAGGCCACUGCCGUCAAAGUGACCGUCCCUGCUUUCCAGGCAGGUGGAAUUAUGGAGAAGGAAUCUCUGGGCAAGCUGACCAUCGGAGAUAUCCGUGUCCCUACCAGCAGUGGGCCAGCCAGCGCUCUGUCCCACCCAGAUAGCAGCUACCUCACAGAGAACCUGCCCAAAACUGCACCAGAGCAGGGGCAACAACCCGUCACUGGGCUGGACAGAUCCCCUGACCUCCUCCCCUCCCCCGGGAAGAAGGGGACCACUCAUCCUGACCCCGGCAAGAGUCUGGUAGACACGGGGCCAGGCAGUCAGCCCGAGCACCCCAGCCAGCCUGUGUCACCCAGGCUUUCCACGUCCAAGUGCAUAUCUUCAAAUACACUUGCCCACACGGGCAGCAUGUCCCCAGGGGAGACGUCAGCAGCUCCUCCUGACUGCAGCAAGACCCCGGCAGCUUCAGAAGACAGCUCGCCCCGCCACACUGGGAGGGCAGCUGCCCCCAGGGGAGCGGGACCUGGGACAGAGGGCACAACACCGGCUCGUGCCAUCCUGCCCCAGGACCCCACGUCACAGGAGCAGAGACAGGAAGCUCCGGGGGACUACAGCAAGGCUUUAGAAAAGACAGGAACCCACGCACCUGAAGGCUCCCGGGAGUGUGCUGUGCCGGAGGAAGCAGAUUCUGUGUCCUCGGGGGCACCGCAGGCCAGCCUCUUCCCACCACUGUCCACUGACAAGAAGACCAAAGAAGAGUGUGGCGGUGUCUCGGGGCACUGCUGCUCCUCACGGGGUGGCAGAGAGAGCCCUGUGACGGACAUCGACAGCUUCAUCAAGGAGCUGGAUGCUUCUGAAGCCAGGCCUCAGCCUUCCCAGACGAGGGACUGUGGGAGUCAGCAGGGCAGUGCUCAGGGCCCACCGCCAGCCGAGCCAGCCACAGGCGGCCAGACCCCCUCCCCAAGGAGGGCUACUGAUGUCUCCCCUCCCCCACCGUGGGCCUCCCAGCCUUCUGUUUUGGAUUCGAUCCAUCCUGACAGACAUUUUACUGUGAACAAAAACUUUCUGAGCAACUACUCUAGAAAUCUUAGCCAUUUUUAUGAAGACGGCACCUCCCGGUCAGGCCUGGACGACAGCCUAGAGCCAUCUCUCUCCUCCAUGUACGGCAACGCUGAGGACUCGUCUUCUGACACCGAGUCGCUCACCGAAGCCCCUCAAGGCCCCCCCCGGGACAGCUGGUCACCUCCUCGUGCCCGUGGGUCUCCCCAUGAGGAAGAUGCAACCGAGUCGGAGGAGGAACAGAUUGAAAUGUGUUCCACAAAUGGUUGCCCCUGUCCACCCUCGGGUUCUGCACAUCCUCCCACCCAGGCUGUCCCCUGCCCUGCUUUGGCCAGAGUUCUGCCUCUAAGGCACAGUGCUCUGAGUGAAUCAGUGGACAGUCCACGUGAGAGAGCCGCCUUCUUGCCAGGGGGCUCACGCGCUUCCAUCGCCCACUCUUCCCGGCCAUUGUCAAUCUUGGAUACAAGCUCUCAGGAGCACGAAACGCUUGUGGACAUAAGCACUUCACAGAAGAACCACAGGGCCCCUUCGUGUGCAGAAGAAAAGACAGACAUCACUGGCACUAAUCCAGCUGUGGAAAACAGUCGGCCCUCUAAAGUCACCAGGCAUUUGCACAACCCCCCUGGCACCCUCAGCUCCCCUAGCCUGGUAAAUGGUUUGGAACAUGACUUGCUAGAUGACAAAACCCCAGAUAAAUAUGAAACAAAUGUUCAUGCAACUGAAAAUCCAUCCUCCCUAAGUGUGGAUGUCCCCAUGAAUGGAGAAUCUGUUUUGGAAAACCUGCACAUCUCGGAAAGUCAAGACCUGGACAACUCGCUACAGAAACCAAAAAUGGCCACCAGGAGGCCCAUCAUGGCCUGGUUUAAUAAAAACCACCAAGGUACGCAGUUGCAGAACAGAGCUGAAAAGGAGCAGUCUGUGAUGCCAGCCAGAAGUCCUGACUCCAAAAUUCAGAUGUGGGGUUCAAGCCACAAAAAGGUGGUUGCUGUGCCUCAGAGUCCUCCCCAGCCAAAAAGGAACCUGGAAAAUAAGGACCCGUCUAAAAAAAGUUCUGUUGAAACACUUCUAAGUAACUGUCAGAAACCCAAGUGUGGUCCUAAGCUGAAGAGACUCAGCAGCAAGGGCAAAGGCAAGGUCAGCUCCGAGACCCCUGCUGCCAGCACUGUGAAGGCCGGGGGGAUGGACCACAGGAAGCCCUUGAUUUCACCCCAGGCCUCCCACAAAAUACUUUCUAAGGUAGCAUCACAGCGGCUUCGCAUAUCUGAUCCCGAGGAACCUGACAGAAAAGCCACAGCUACUCCCAGGACUCCCCAGUGUGUGCCAGAGAGCAAGCCGCCCCUCGCCACCUCUGGGUCGCUGAAGCCCUCGGCGUCCGACUCGAGCAUCAGAACAUUCAUUUCGCCCGUGCCCUCCCCCAAGGCUCUUCCUGAGCAAGGUGUGUGUGGUAGGUUCCACAUGGCCGUCCAUUCAGAACCCAACAGAGGCUGCCCAACCGCCCCCAGGUCACCCAAGGGUGGGGUCGAGGGCAAGGCGCCCCGUGCCGACUCAGGGCCGGUGAGUCCCGUGGUUUCCAGAAACAGCAUAUCCAUAACAGGGAACAGACAGAGUGAGCAGCGCCCGGCCGGGGACUCGGCGUCGGAGGCAGCCUAUCCCAGGCUCACCUGUGGAAAAGGAAGUGGCACGAUGGCUAGUGAUCUCUUAGAAAGGACAAACCAGCUGAAAAUCCUUGAGAGGCCAAAGAGUGCAUGUGGUGACAAGCCAGCGGAAGGUGACGGACGGGGAGGAUGCUUGGCCCAGAGCAACUGUCAGGAGAAGAGUGAAAUCGGACUCGGCCACCCGUCAGUGGGAUCGUCCCCAAGUCACCCGUCCUCCCUCCUGUCUCAUGCCUCCCAGGUGGAGCCAGAAAUGCAAAGAUCCUCCAGCAUGGCCAGACUGGUUUCCUCCUCUUCCUCCCCUCAACUUCCUGCUAGAAAGGUAGAUUCUUCCCAGGGAAAACCCAGCCAGAUGCCCAACUCCCUAGGGGUUCCCCAGAAUGGCACAUCAGUGGGCCCCUCGGGGGAGGACCAUCCCUACUUCACGCCACGCCCGGCGACCAGGACCUACUCCAUGCCAGCCCAGUUCUCAAGCCAUUUUGGACGGGAGGGUCAUUCCCCACAGAGCCCGGGUCGCUCUCCCCGGGACAACCAAGGUCCUGUCCUCCUCGACGCAAAGGCAUCCAAAGGUGGUAUUCUUGGUCUGGUUAAUGGACAGGGUGUAUAUAGUAUCAAGCCUCUGCUGGAAACAUCGAGGAACCUUUCAGCAACAGGUGAAGGGGAUAUCAUUUCAGUCCAGGGGACGACCUGCCUAGUCACAGACAAGAUCAAAGUCACCAGGAGACAUCACUGCUAUGAGCAGAACUGGCCCCAUGAAUCUACCUCAUUUUUCUCUGUGAAACAGCGGAUCAAAUCUUUUGAGAACCUGGCCAACUCUGACCGGCCUACAGCCAAGUCUGGGGCGUCCCCGUUUUUGUCAGUGAGCACCAAGCCUCCUAUUGGGAGACGGUCUUCCGGCAGCAUUGCCUCGGGGAGCACUAGCCACCCCGGUGACGCGGCCGCCAGGUCGCUGAGACGCAGCUUGAGUUCCUGCAGCGAAAGCCAAAGUGAAGCCAGCGCUCUUCUCUCCCAGAUGACCAAGUCCCCAUCCACCAUGACACUGACCAUCUCCCGGCAGAACCUGCCAGAGACCACUAGCAAGGGCCCAGAUGCAGACCAGAGGAAAUCACUGGGUCCUGCAGGAAUUCCCACCCCGUCUGUGACCCCAGCCUCUCCUGUCAAGAGGAACAAGUCCUCGGUGCGCCACACACAGCUCUCCCCCGUGUCCCGCUCUAAGCUCCAGGAACUGAGGGCCUUAAGCAUGCCUGACCUUGACAAGCUCUGCAGCGAGGACUACGCGGCAGGGCCGAGAGCCAUGCUCUUCAGAACCGAGCUGGAGAUCAUCCCCAGGAGGUCACCUGGCUCCCCUGCUGGAGGCCUUUCAUGUCCCCAGAAGGGUGGGAGCAAGGCCUGUCCAGGGAGCAACCCUAAAACCAGUGAACCUGCAACAGCCAGUUCAGUCAGUAAUGUGGAUACAACUGCCCAGGAUUUCCCUUCCAGCAAAAGCUGGUCGGUUAAUUUGGAUCAACUUCUAGUCUCAGCGGGAGACCAGCAAAGAUUACAGUCUGUUUUAUCAUCAAUGGGGUCGAAAUCCACCGUCCUAGCUCUCAUUCAGGAAGCGAAAGCACAAUCAGAGAAUAAAGAAGAUAUCUGCUUUAUAGUCUUGUAUAAAAAAGAAGGCUCUGGACUGGGAUUCAGUGUGGCAGGAGGGACAGAUGUGGAGCCAAAGUCAGUCACAGUUCACAGGGUGUUUUCUCAGGGGCCAGCUUCUCAGGAAGGGACUAUGAACCGAGGGGAUUUCCUUCUGUCAGUCAACGGCGCCUCCCUGGCUGGCUUAGUCCACAGGGAUGUCCUGAAGAUCCUGCACCAGGCACAGCUGCACAAAGAUGCCCUUGUGGUCAUCAAGAAAGGGAUGGAUCAGCCCAGGCCCGCUGCCAGGCAGGAGAUUCCCACCGUCAAUGGAAAGGGUGUACUGUCCAGAAAGGCCGUCCCCCUGGAGCCUGGAAUUGAGAGAGGCGUGGCCAUCCAUGACGCCUUGUGUGUCGAAGUGCUGAAGACCUCGGCUGGGCUGGGAUUGAGUCUGGACGGAGGAAAGUCAUCUGUGUCUGGAGAUGGGCCCCUGGUCAUUAAAAGAGUGUACAAAGGGGGCGCUGCUGAACAGGCUGGAGUAAUAGAAGCUGGAGAUGAAAUUCUUGCUAUUAACGGGAAACCCCUGGUUGGGCUCCUGCACUUUGACGCCUGGAAUGUUAUGAAGUCCGUCCCAGAAGGACCUGUGCAGUUAGUAAUUAGAAAGCACAGGAAUUCUUCAUGACUUCUAACAAGAAUCUCCUCCAUCAGUUCCCUUCUUUUACGUCAGCAAAUAAGAAUGACUUCUUUGAACCAUGGGUUCUUGAAACAACCAACAAUGGCAGAGACAAGGACUAUAAAAAUCUCCCAUUUGUACUUGCACAUGAAGCCUGACUCACUGCCUUGUGCAGCAGCAAUGAAGUUGAACCCUGGAAGCCUUCCACCUGGGGCACCCAGGCAGAGAGGCUCCUCUUGUUCCAGUGUCUGUCCCCAGCCUUCAGGUUUGCUCAUGGAGAUACAACAUAUAACACACCCUUCUUCAUCUGAAGCACUCGCUGACCUUUGCAUCCCUCUUGCCAGCUCUUCCAACAUACCCAAUCCUGGUGAUUAGGGAGCUAACAGAGUCUGAGGGGGACACAGAUGUCACAACUAAACGGACUAUAGUUUUAUAUAAUUUUGUAAGUCAGUGACACAAUGCUUUUAGACACACUCAAUGGCAGGAGGACCUGUAGGUCUGUGUACGUUACCCUGAAAGAGAAUGAGACUUUAAAAAAAAAGAAGAAAAUGAAUUAGGACCUAAUCGUUAGGCUGAGCUCAGGAAUUAUCCGAAAAUGGAAAAAGAGAAAUGCAGAAAGUAAUAUUUUUUAGUGAGUGUAAUGUAUAAUGUAUGGAUGCAGAGUUCAACUCAAUAGGAUUUUGAUCACCAGGAAACGUUGAUCAUUUUCUGUCUCUAAAAGUGUAAGUCAUAAGGCUGUUCUACAAAAUAGUUCUGAUAAACUGUACUCGAUAGCCAUGAGCUUUGCUGCUUAGAAGCAGAAAGUUCCAGAUCUGAAAGCACCUUACGUCUAAUUUCUGAAUUUGUCUUGAGUAAGUGCUUGAACUCAAGGCUGGUCAACAAAAGAGCAGGCAAAAAUACCACAGUCACUGGGUUUCUAUUUCUAUAUUUUAUGCACUCCAACUACUAAUCUAAACUAAAUUUUUAGAAACCAAGUAUCUUUUUAAGUGGCCUUGGACUUAUAAACAUAGGCUUUAUAUUUACAAUCCAGAUAGAGGAGCUGAAACUCAUCCUUUGGUUGGCCUUUCUCCUCUUACCCAACAUGCUUAAGAAACGUCACGUUCUAAGUGCUGGGUCUCUUCUUGACCUGGCCUAAUGGCGUAACUGCGGUGGCUGAAGUUUUUGCCAUUUCUGUUUUCCUGCUUUGCAGUUUCUUCCAUUUGCCAAAAGCGUCUUCCUGCAAAAGUGUGUUCCUGCUGUGGCUCGUGCUGCCUGUGACACCCACCCUGGCUGCUGCUCCUCUGUAGCACGAGCUCCUUCUCGGUAGCCUUUCCCAUUCCCGUUCCACAUGCCGUGCGUCCCCACGUAGCUGGCUGUUCUCCCCUUGUACUGGACCUUAUCUCCUUAGUAAUUUCCAAACCUUCAUCAGCUUUGUCUACCGACAUGUCAUGAGGAGGAGAAAGAAAAUGAAGCAGGGUAUGCCUACUAAUGAGAAAUGCAGGAGUUUCUAAAGCAAUGUGGAGCAAUGGAAUGGACUCAUUCUAGGAGUCCUUAGACCUCAUAUCCGGAGUACAGGGGUGGACCUCUGGCUUAUUACACGAUGUUAAAGCCAUCAGCCAUUUCUGCUACAUCUUGCCAGAAGGUUUCCCUGGCCAGCAGUUGGAAUUUAAGGGAAGAAGCAAAAACUAAACUGUCUUUGACCCUAAGAUAGAAAGCUAUUUAUUUGUCUUCAGUGUUCAAGGCAUGACUAGUAUUUCUAAUUAGUCUAAUAAAGUCCCACACUUCCUGAAGUGAACACUAAUGGUAUUGUCCGACUCAAACUGUCAUUGUUUUGUUUUUAAACUGGUCAGUCAUUCACAAUAAGCUAUGAGGGUAAAUAUGUGUUCUAACAAGUAAAUCGUAGUUGCAAGAAUAGACCGUGAAGAUUGAAGUAGGUUGGGUAUCAUUUCCAUCCUCUCACACACAUCUCAUUGAAUUUGAUGGUUGACUUAAUUGGCACCACACCUGGGGUAUGGUAUUAGACAUUAUCCUUUAUUUAUGUAAAGUAAAUGCCUUAUAUAUUAAAGAGUAAGUGCAAUAAUAUUAAACAGCCUGUACAUUUUUAAACUGUUGUCGCCAAGUUAUGUAAAUCCACAUCUCUGUAAACAAUCUUUUUUAAGUAAUUUUAAAAAAAUAAACACUCUGUUUACUACUA